AUGUCAUUAACAAAUUAUAUCAAUGAAGGAUUCAAUGAAGUAAUGGGAAAUGAAGGCCUUCAAAAUUUUGAAGAUUUAAGUGAUAUUGAAGAAAAUAACGAAGAAAUUAAAGUUGAGAAUCAAAAAGUUGAAGAGAAUAAAAAUAAAAAUUUAAAAGUUCGAAAAGUGGCAACAAAAACUAAAUGUAGUAUCUGUGAACGUAUAGCUAGUGGAUAUCUCUAUUAUGGAGUAAUUUGUUGUGAUGGUUGUAAACAAUUUUUUAAUCGUUGUAUUACUUCAAAAAACAAAUAUAAAUGUGAAAAUGUUGGGAACUGUAAUUUGUCGACUAAUAUUAAUGUCUGCAAAAGUUGCCGUUUCGAUAAAUGCAUAUUAAAAGGAAUGUGUAUUCAAACAACAAAAGGGAGGGAACCCGAAAAGGUUCUGGAAAUACAAACAAUGCUUCAAAAUAAACGUAGAGAACUUGCUAGUAAAGGAAAAUAUAUUCAAGGAAAAUCUAAUAAUUGUGCUGUUGAAGGGCUGAAUUUUGUUGAUUUGGUAGAUUAUUAUUCUGUUUUAUUAGGCCGUUAGUUUUCCCUGUAUUUUAAAAUAUACGAGGGAAGUAUGUAUUUUCAGAUUUUAUUUAGUCUAUCUCAGGUGUCCUCCUCAAUUUAAAUUCUCUUCUGCUCCAAAAAUGAUGUUCUUUUAUACCGUAACCAUCAAAGCCCUUCUU